AUGUCCUACACCUUGGAGGAGCGUCAACGAGUCUACCGGACCUGCCGGGCAAUCUUCAGUGGCGAUGCCGCUCUCUUUCGCAAGCCGAAGAAAAUCAAAGAAACUCUUCUUCACAAUCGCGGCCCUCUUAAGAAUGUCUUCCAGGAAUUUGGCGAAGUCAAGCUCGCAGAUAUAGUGAAGCAUUUGCUGGAGAAUCGGCUUUUCGAGUCAGACCUCCGAGCCAAAGUCGAGUUUCCUGAGCUUUUCAGGACAUCCCCGCAACAGGAUGCCCAGCGAGAAGCAUCGGAAGCGGAUGCGGCAAGAUCAGUUGCGGAUUGCCUUAGUGAGAUCGCGCGCUUCGAAGAGGAUGAAGAGAUUCCUGAGGCGAAUGAGCUUGAAUUUCUCACAAGACCGCUGAAGGAUGAAGCGAGCAUUAAAGAGUUAAUCAAGUGGGCCAGAAUCCUCCGCAAAGAGCUCCCCCAGGGUUUGUCAGGAGUAACUGUCCAGUCUGCAUUGGUUUCGACUCACCAACUACGACAUACCGCCGUCCACCGACUACGCACCACUGCUCGCGGUAUCAGUCGGCUCCUAGAGUCGGCGGUGGGACUUGCGGAGGCUCUCAAUGAUGUCUCUCGCGCAACUCAAUUAGAAGAGUUAAAGUCGGAAUUGGAUAAUAAGAUCAAAGCCAUGGAAAUGAGCAAGAACGUGUUGGAAGAUCGUGCGGCAGCUGGGUUAGAAGAAAUACGCCGCCAAAGAGAGGAGCUCGAUCGCCAGGAAAAGCAACUCGUAUUUGACAUGUUGCGUGAGGACCGCGAGUACAAGGACCUGGUGGGGAAGCUUCUUGUGGCGUCAGUCAAGGACAUCUUUGAGGGCAGGAUAGACGACGGAAUGGGCAAGGAGAUGGAGCAUGUGAAUGGAGAAGUCCAUAUCAACAGCGCCAAACUUAGCUCAGCGGACGAAAGCGAGGACGAUCCGGAUCUGUACCUGCAAUGA